UAAACAGCAUUACAAUUAUAAAAAAAGAGACAGAAGAGUAUUACAAAAUGAAUUUUAUAAUUUUGUACUUGUUUUAUUUUGUUCUUGCUGUAACCGUAGAAUCUGCAAAAAAUAGCGAGGAUAACUUUACGACUUAUCAAAAGAUAGUCGAAGUUAUUAAGCUGUCUAACAAACCUUUUUUGAGUGACAUCAGUGAAAAAGACGAUCUUGUUAAUUGGUUUUCAAGUGAAUCUUCAUCAAUCUGGGAGCAAGUUAAAAGUUUUACAGAAGACGUCAUUCUUCCAUUAAAUUUUACAUCUACACUUAUCAGUGAAAUACAAGAUGAGGUGGAAGCAAUUUCAGAAUUUUUAGAAAAAGGAAAAGACUUGAAAAUCAAAAAUGACUUUUCAAAUUUUCUAUCAAAAAAGGAAAAGUUCUUUCCACAAACCAUUUCAACCAGUGAUAUGAUAUUUGAUCCAAACUGGGUCGUCUUAGUUAUCUAUUAUAUAAGAGCUUCUUCAUUGAUUCAUUUGGCGCUUAUGGAUCCUAAUCGUUCUAAAGCAAAGAGAUUGAAUAAAUGUGCGUUUCAUCAUGAAUUAGAACUACUGAGAGAAGAUGUUAUUGGAGCAGCUAAACAUCUGUAUAAAUUAAGAUAUCAACACACCAUAAAAGGUGCCGGUAUCGGAAACUUGAAAGAUGUGCCUGAAGGCAUAUUGCUUGAUACUUCUAUGAUUCCUAAAUAUAAAAAAUCAAGUGACACACAAGGAUAUUUAUCCUUCAGUGACACAUUUUCAAAUGAUAAAGUAUCAAUUUCCUUACCUCAUAUCAAGCAUUUUUACUUUGAUCUCAUUGUGAGAGAAGGCAUGACUUCUUUGAUUGAACGAAUGGUUAUGUUUUACAACAGCUUAAUUGGGAGCACCUGCGAUGAGAUAACGGCUGAGAUUGGAUGCCAGUGUCCGAAAAUGAUUUUAAGUGAAGAAGUUCGAUUCGCUUAUUCUGAUGAUUGUUAUGGUGAAGUUCAAAACAGAGCUAUUAAGUGCAGACUGCCUUGCUUAGAUUAUGAUGGAACAAACAAAUAUAUUUGUGUCUUUGGUGCUGCUCUUGAAACUGGUUCGUGGUACGUAGAUGAAGUCAGCGAAACUAUAAGAGAAGAAAAUCCUGAUCGCUAUACCAACCGUGCUUAUUGUAAUCCUCCAAAUCAAAAUGAUUGGGAUCAAUGUAUGAAUGUUCAAAAUCUAAACAAAAAUGUGUUAGUGCUAAGUGAAAAAUCAGCCGAUAAACAGAAAAAGAUUUAUCCAAAAUCCCAAAAGAAACCUCCUCCGAAAUCACGUAUCAGUACAGCUCUUUUAACAACUCUGAACGGGGGUGGAAAGUAAAUCGUUUCAUAAUGAUUAUUCAAAGUAUGUGAUAGUUAUGCUAAAUUGUAAAAUUAUUUUAGAGGUUGCUGUUACUGCUAUUACAGUUAUUUAUAAAUAUAAUUAUAAAAUAACUGUUAUUACAGUUAAUUCUA